AAUAAAUUGUUUAUUAUUACACACGGUACGCUUUAAAGGGUCAGUAUUAUCGGUGAAACAUAAAGUCGAGUUAAAUUAAGAACAAAUAAAUGUUUGUGACUACAUUCUUUGUGAAUGCAACGCGGCGUCGUAGUUUAUUGAAAAUUCGGAGGAAUGCUAUAAAUCCGUGUUUACAAAUACUUAAGAACGACUCUAGUGAUGUACGUUAUAAACAUUUUACUUGAAUACGAGACCUUUUCUGUUUUUCGUUCUGUGUCUUCUCCCCCUCUUUUCUGCCGUGUUCAACAUAACCAUCAGUUCAUGAAAAUCCAUUAUGGCGGACAUCCUGUCAUGCGUGGUCAGAACAUCUCUUCAAAUAUGCGAUGCAGCCGAAUUGCAACCAUUCAUCUAUAUGCGCCAACAAGAUGCCUUGGACAAGUCUGAAGCGUCGUCGUCGAGCAACUGCUUUGCCACGCCGUCGGCCAACUUCUGCAACUGAUGAUAAACAUCAUCAAAGAGCAACACUCUAUAUCAACCCAUGAACAUCAUACCAAGUUUCGUUUCAAGUCUCUCCGAAUUCAGGAGGCUUUCUAAAAAAUGAAACAAAAGACAGUGCUAAAUCCCUGAAGAGAAAAAGAAGGAAUUGCAAAGAUUCGACGAAUGUUCCUGAAUCAGGAUGGUGAUCGCGAGCGAAUCAGCCGGCGGGACAGUAUCCGGCACGUGCAGCAAACUAAGAAGGUCUCGUAGACUGUCGUCGACCCGUGGUUUACGGGUCAGGACAAGCACAAACCCAAGCGACCAAACGAUUCCACGGCAAGAUCUCAAUCAGAAGCUCGGUUUGUGUCCCAUAGUUAGUGGAAACGUGGUCGGUACAAAGGCUCGUCCAACGAUCAAUUGGGAAUUGAACGAGAGGGUCAGCCUGAGCAGCGGUUCCAGCGCCGGUCUUCAGGUUCGUCCAGACGCGAAGAAAGGCAUCGAGCUGAGCGGAAAUCGGAAGAAACCGGAUAUCGAAGUUAACAAACGAUCUACCAACGAUAGAACCAGUUUAGAACUGAUGAACGUAUCCGGUUAUCAGCAGGAAGAAAAGAAACGAAAGGACUCUUCAUGGUCCAUCGAGAUCGACUCGCUCGAACGUCCAAACGACGAGAACGUGAUUAAAAGCGAUUCUAAAUAUGAAAUCGGUACUCCAAGCGAAGGAUCAGCAUCCAGGAAGUUAACGAAACAAAGACGUCAACUUACUGGUUCGACCAAGACCCGGAAGAACGAGGAAGAAUGCGUGAAGAAGGUUGACAAGACGAACGAUUCCAUUACCAAGAGACUCGAAUUAAUCCACGAAUUGAAUCAAAAGAUCCUGGCUAACUACGAACGCUUCCAACAAAAAUCAAAGUCCAGGAAUCACUCGAAGGACGGUCAGAAUAAGAAUCCGAAGGAGCAACCUGGAAGAAGUCGAGCGAUUUUGAACGAUGGAAAAGAAGCUCGGAAGGAAGAGCACGUUUACGCGGAAGCUCGACGUAAGAAUAAAACGAAGAUGGAUAACAAGGAUGAUACGUGUAAGGAUUCGUUGAGACAACGCAAGACGGACGUCAACAAGUUCACAUUCUCGAAGGAUCAUUGCGAGAAACUGACGUCGUCGAAGGAUCAAAGCGACUCCGAUAAGAGACGAUCGACGAAGUCUGUGUCGAAGUCGAGGAUACUUCGCGAUAACGAGAACUUCAUCAUGACCAGCAGACCAGGUUUCUACGAUCAGGAGGAUAAAGAGAGGAGAUCGGCUUCGAGGACUGAAUACAGAUGGAAGAAAAGUUCCAAGUCGGUUUUUUACUCGAACGUGGAGGACACGAAGAAUCACGUAGACGAGACGAUCAACGAGGACACCGAUUGUCUAGGGAGCUCGAGAUUGUACCCGGAGAACUAUGGCGAUCGCUUUAACGAAGCGAGAACCGACCAACCGAAGCAAGAGGAAACGGAAACUCGUGACGCAAAUGGAAUCGAUGAGAAUAAAGAUCGAUCCGUGAAGGAGAUUCGGAUCGAUCGUGUUACGUUGGAGAAGGAAAUUCUGGAGAAUCUUGACGAGACUAUCGGUAGCUUCGACAACGAGAAAUCAGGCAAACUUGAGGAAAAGAUGGACGAGACGAAGGUUCACCGUUUCAAUUGCGAUUCAAACGAAAGUAGCAACGGUACAAUUUUGGAAUUGACCAGUCCGAAAGUAAGCAGGCUUCAAGAAACGUUCAAUUCCUCGUGGGAUUCAGGAGUCGGCGUUGAUGUCGGCACCGGAAGUGGAUGGGUUAGAAUCCACACGGGUAUCGAGAGCAGCCUCGUCUAUCUUACUCUGGAUACCACUGCUAAAGAUGUCUGCAGGGACAUGCUGCUCGGCGACGACCUCUCUCUGUUUAUUCAGUACGGAGGCGAGUCUGGAAGGAGAUUGGCUUCGGAGGAGAAGCCGCUGGAGAUACAGGAUCAAUUUCUCCAAAAGCUUGGCUACCAGGACGUAUCCAGACGGUCUCGGCUCGGAGUCGAUCCUGAGUUACGACACCUCAUCGCUUUCCACGUGGGACCCGCAUCACCCUUGCCAGAACUAACAGGGUACAGUCGUUGUGGGUACACCCUGGUACUGAAAGGGUUGGUUUUUCCCCAAUGGAAGAGAAGAGUCCUAGCUGUCAUUGGAUCCAGGCUGUUCCUUUAUCCGGCCUGUCCGGAAUCCCGACCUGAAUGGAUGGAGCUCGCCGGUGGUGGUGGUGCCGUGUGUUAUGCCCCGUCACGUCUUGGUAAACUCGUGCUGCGUAUCACUGGAUUUCCAAGGGUCACUCAACAGUGUCAUCAAAGUCAACAACAAGGGGACAGUCACCAUCACGAGACACGACACUUGUAUCUUGGCUUUCACCACCCGUGGGACAGGGACUUGUGGAAAAGUUGGAUUAAACAGGCUAUACAGUUGUCAUCCUGUCCAAAACAAUUGGAUCUGAGCAAUGGUGGUCUGUCAAGAGUCCCUGACAGUGCCAUAGCGUUUCCAGCGAUUGAAGAAUUGGUGUUAAGCCAGAAUCAACUUACAAACACGAACAACAAUCUGAUACUGUUACACCGAUUCCCGAAACUUCGCGCACUCCAUUUGGAGAGCAACGAGUUGAUGAAAAUUCCACGAGAGUUACUGGAGCUUAGGGAGUUAACCUACCUCAAUCUCUCAGACAACAAAAUUGAGAAGAUUCCCGCUGACAUAAGCCAGCUUAUCAACCUGAGAGAGCUAAUCUUGGAUCGUAAUGGAAUCAAAGAGUUGCCGCACGAGCUCGGCAAGCUGAAGAACUUGAGAAACAUUUCCUUGGCUGGAAAUUGCCUGAACGAUCUUCCAUCUUCCUUCAACAUGCGAACUCUUGCGCUAACGGAUGUCUUGUCAAAGAGUGAGCACAGUAAAGUAUACAGAGAUGAAAAAAACAAUCAGAAUAAUUUAUACAAAGUCAACCUAAGGAACAAUCAAUUGAAAGGGAACAUAAUUCUGGGGAAUUACGGAAAUUUAACGCAUCUAGACGUGAGUGAAAAUAGCAUUGAGAAACUGGACAUCAGUGCUCUUCAAGAAUUAAGAAGCGUUCGUUGCGCGCGAAAUCUUUUAACAGAACUUACGGUCUGCGGGAGAAAUCUUAUUUCUCUUAUUGCUGGAAAUAAUAAACUGAAAAAAUUAACUAUCGAACCGGUACCGGUGAAUCUUGAACAUUUAGAUGUAUCUUAUAAUAAUUUAGAUGCACUUCCGGAAUGGACACCGGAUCUACCCGUGUUGCGUGCACUUUUUGCAUCCCACAAUGCCUUAACAGCCCUUCCAGACAGACUGCUAACACAGCCAUCGAGACUGGAGGUUCUUCACUUACCUCACAAUAGGCUGCAGGCUCUUCCACCACCCCGGAAACCAUUAAACAUCGUUCACUUGACUCUGCAAGACAAUGCACUGACAGUGUUACCGAUGAGUUUCUUCGUCAACACUGAAAAGAUGAAGGUACUGAAUCUCUCCAACAAUCGGCUAUCAGAACUUCCUCACUUGGGAGAGGGGAACAAAGGUCGACCCAGUAAUCACAGUUUAGAAAAGUUGUAUUUGACGGCGAAUUGUUUAACGGACACUGCCUUGGAUACUUUGGCGAAAUUGAACUCCUUGCGAGUUCUUCAUAUAGCUUACAACACUCUGGAUACUCUUCCAGAAAGUUGUAUAGCUUCGUGGAGAGACCUGGAAGAAUUAGUGCUAUCUGGUAACCGUCUUCAAUAUCUACCGGAUAACGUGGCCAAUUUACGACACUUACGUGUGCUGCGUGUCCAUUCCAAUCGACUUUUAACUUGUCCGACAUUCAAUAAAACAGCAUCGUUGAAGGUACUAGAUUUAGCCCAUAAUCAACUGGACAGAGUAAAUCUGGCCACCCUGGUACCGCCACAGCUUCAAUUUCUUGAUAUAUCCUGCAAUUCGAGACUCCACGUGGAUCCGAGACAAUUCCAAGUGUAUAGAUCUCAACGACCGAUAUCCUUAGUCGAUGUGUCAGGACAAAAUAGACCGAGCUUACCCUCUCACCCCCAUCAGCAAGAGAUUGUUUCCGCUGAGAAGGGUACCGAUCAACCGUGGAGACUGGGGUUCUCUGAAACAGCAGGAUCCAGAGAAAGAUUAUACGUUUCGCAAGUUAGAAUGCCAUCGUUCUGCAACGUAGAAGGUCUCUUCGGCAUAUUCGACGGUGGCUCGAACCAGGAAGCACCCAACGCUCUUCAAGAAAUGAUACCUCGUCUCCUACUAGAAGAAAGAACCGUCAGGGAAACAUCGAAAGAAUAUUUAAAAUACACGUUGCUCUCAGCUCACAGAGAGCUGAAGGAAAAGGGUCAAAAGUAUGGAAUCGAUGCAACGUUGGUGCACAUCGUCAGAAUUCAAUCUCAACAGGGUUAUCCAAAACCAGCGACAAAGUAUUCUUUGAAAGUAGCUUCUUCGGGGGAUGCGAAAGCAGUUCUCUGCAGAGCUGCUGGUCCUUUAACCCUAGCAUCAGCCAAAAAGUUUCCUGUAAGAAAUCAAUUAGGGAACGCUGCUAUGUUCCCCAUAGUAGUUCCCGAUCCAACCUUCGAGGAGGUGGACCUAGAAGACGACGAUGAAUUCGUGAUAAUUGCUAAUAGAAGACUGUGGGAGGUGUUGAGCAUUCAAGAAGCUGUGCGAGAAGCCAGGGCCGAAGCGAGUCCUGUAUUGGCUGCUAAAAGACUCCAGGAUUUAGCGCAGGCUUAUGGCGCGGAGGAUAAUUUGAGCGUUAUAGUCGUACGAUUAACUGGUCCUAAUCAAGGCGAUUUAGAUCAACUUAUGAGGGAAUUGAGGCAUGCCGUUGGGAAAAACAGAGGUCAAACCGAGGGAGGAUGUCCUUGUCCUUGUUGCGUGCCACCGGCUGCUCAUAAACCACCGGGACCUUGCUGUUGUCACGCGAACGAGGGCUAUUAUUUAAAUGGCGUGCUGAAGAGCAUAGUGAACAGAUCAAAUAAAGCUCACAAUGGGUCCAAUAGAUACUUUAAAAAUAGGAGAUCCGCUCAAGAGAACGAAAGUCCACCGUAUAAAGACGACAGAAGUUCACCUAGUGGUCAAUCCGAUCAAGCCAGCGAUAGCACCUUUAAAUCCAGGCAUCCUUCCGGCAGAGUGUGGUCCGGAAGCGCGGCCUCCAGGGCCACGAACAAAGCUCGUCAAAGUGUUUUCGUCAAUGAAAACGGUACUAGAAAGGUAUCAACGUGUGUAACUGCCCAAGAGGAUACCAUGUCUGAGAGAUCAGGUGCGCUAAGCGAGGAACAGUUCCGUUGUUGGGAAUACAUGCUCGAACAGAACACUCAAUUGUUAUUCGACAAGGAAUUGGACACUCUAACGAGAACCCCUUUACGACGUGGACAAUCGAGAUCCACGCCUCAAUUAGGAAGCAAUUUGCCUUUUCUGUCGAAGAGAUUCGGAAGUGCCAGGUCUUUUAAUCCUUCCCUACCGAGGGCCCCGAUUGUACGAUUUGGUAGCGGAAGGAGAUUACUGAACGGGGGCCCAAAUGCGGCUUAUUUCGGUAGCUUGCAGAGGCUAAUGCCGUACAAUCUCGAAUACGAUUUCGCUGUCAUUCAGGAGAGGAACGGAUUAGACUCUUUGGAACAGGAUGCGACAAGGAUGCAGCAAUACUGGGGGGUCGCUACGACUGAAUUGUGAUGUACAAUAGAGUCUUGGACAAUCUACUGGAUUCGGAAAUUGUGAUAUGUCAAAAGGUG